AUGCGGCGCGCCUCUCGCCUGGCUCUCAUGUUGCUGGCCGCGUCGUGUGUGAGCAAGCCGUUGGCGGCGACCGGCCUCUCGUGUCGCGAGCUCUACAGUCCGUCGCAGAACGCGGUGGUGACGCUGGGGAUGGACGCGCCGCUCUCGGACCGCUCCGACUGCAGCGGCGACCUGUUCCGCUGCUCGACCGUCACCCAGACGUGCCUCAACUCGCCGCGCGCCUGCGUCGGACAGUGCGACGCGGCCGCCUGCUUGCCGUUCGGCAAAGUGUGCGACAGCGUCGAUGACUGCGCGGCGCUGGCGCCGACCGCCGGCGGCGCGUCGGCUGACGAGGCGCACUGCUCCGAUAUCCUGCGCACCUACCGCAAGACGCCGCUAACAUCAAUCGACGUGGGCCGCUUCUUGGCGUUCCAGGUGAGCCUGCGCACAUGCGCCGCCUACUGCUUCUUCCACGAGUCGUGCAGCAUGUUCAGCUACAGCGUCACCGGCAACCGUCAGUGCAAGAUCGGCUGCGACGACUGUGGCUGGCGGACGCUGCCUCACCUGCAGGACAACGCCGUGCUCUACAACGCCACGGCGAUGACGGGGCUGUUGAGGUCGCAGCUGGCCGCCACCCCAGCCGCCACCCCCUUCUCGAACCCCGCCGGGCCCUCUCCGCUGCCGGCGCCCGGCGUCUGCGGCCAGCGCCAGGUGCUAGGCCCGGACACCGCCAGUUUCGAGCUGGCGAGCUUCGGUGUGCUGAAUGGUGGCGGCGGCGGCGGGCCGCGCGUCGCCGCGCGCAGUGAGCAGCGCGUAGUGGGCGCACAGGGCCAGCACGCCACCUACGGCGAGUUCCCGUGGAUGGCGCAGCUGCAGCGCCUGAGCGGACAGCCGCAGCGGUACAAGCACCACUGCGGCGCCACCAUUAUCUCCGCCCGCUACUUGCUGACGGCCGCGCACUGCCUGCAGCACGCGCAGCGUGACUACCAGGCUACGGUAGGCCAGUUCGAGCUGCACCGACUGGACGGCCACGAGCAGACGUUCGCAGUGCAGGAGAUGAUCCUGCAUCCGAACUACAUGCCAGGCAACGGCGACCUCUUCCAGAAUGACAUCGCCAUCAUCAAACUGCGGACGCGCGGCGAAGGAAUCGUCUUCAGCGAGAAGGUGCAGCCGCUGUGCGUGCCCUCCCAGCCGCUGGCCGAGACCGAGCAGCCGGCCUCCUGCCUCGUCUCUGUCACCAGCGCCGUGCCGCUCGUCUCCAACGGCUUCUGUAGCAGCACCGACGGCUACGGCUCCUCCUUCAACGGCACCCGGCAGCUGUGCGCGGGCGAGCUGCUCGGCGGCGUGGACAGCGUGCGAGGGAGACUCAGGUUAGAGGACAGAGAAGAGAUGUGCUCCAGGGAGAGCGGCCCGCUGGCGUGCUACAGCGAGGCGGCCACCCCGCCGCACUGGUACCUGGCCGGCGUCGUCUCAUCGGGUGAAGGGUGCGGCCAGCCCCUCCGGCCGGGCAUCUACACCAGGGUCGCCGCCUACCACGACUGGAUCGUGCGCACCCUUCGCUACCUCGAGAGCGGGAGAGUGUAG